AUGGAAACAGUGGAAGACCCGAACUUGUUUCGCAUCACGUCCAUGGACGAUCCUGCACUAUCACCCGUCAGUACCUCGCAGCGUCUUCCAGUCAGGCGACUGCGAUCUGGCGGACGCGUUAACCAAGUGUCGAAACCACUCGAGGACACAUUUGCUGCGGAAGACCCUCCGAGAGUGACUAAAUACGAUGUCGGUUGGCGAAGAAUAGUUCGCAAUUUCUCUCCGUCAUGGUUCGCGGUUACGAUGGGUACCGGGAUAGUAUCUCUGCUAUUCAUCACCAUUCCAUUCAAAGCACGCUGGCUAUACUGGUUAUCUGUCAUCUUCUUCUGUCUAAACACGCUUCUCUACUUCACCUUCCUCAUCAUCUCCGUAUUACGGUAUACGCUAUAUCCAGAAAUAUGGAAAGUAAUGGUAGCCGACCGGACGAACUCGCUAUUCCUAGGAUGCAUCCCAAUCGGAUUCGCAACUCUCGUCGAGGCCUGGAUCUUCCUGUGUGUUCCGUACUGGGGCCGUUGGGCUGUCAACUUUGCAUGGGUCUGUUGGAUGAUUGAUAGUAUCGUCGCGGUGGCUGUAACCGUCUCCCUUGCAGUGAUCCUAACGAGCACACCGCAACAACACCAACUCGAUUAUAUUACCGCGGUUCAGCUAUUGCCGAUUGCCGCCACGAUUGUUGCUUCAGGUACUGGAGCCGAAGUUGCGAAGGUCUUACCAGACCCUCGUAACGCUCUAGGAACGUUGAUCGCAUCCUACAUCAUGUGGGGUCUCUCAGUGCCAUUCGCCAUGUCAAUUCUGGUCAUUUACUACCAGCGUCUGGCGCUUCACAAGCUCCCACCUCGAGAAAUCGUAGUAUCUUCCUUCCUGCCUAUGGGCCCUCUAGGCAUGGGCGGAUACACUAUCAUUUACCUUGGGAGCGUCAGCCGCACGGUCUUCCCGCAGGUCGAGUUCUUCGACAAUCUCACAAUAGCUGGCGACAUCUUCUACAUCAACGGGAUUUUCAUAGCUCUGAUUAUGUGGGGGUUUGGACUAUUGUGGUUCUGCUUCGCGCUUGCCUCUUGUCAAAAGCUUAGGCCGUUUCCAUUCAAUAUGGGUUGGUGGGGAUUCACGUUUCCAAUUGGCGUGUUCUCUGUAUGCACAAUUGAGUUUGGAGUGCAAAUGCCGAGCCUGUUCUUUCGAGUUUUGGGCACCAUGUUCAGCGUGGCAGUCAUCAUACUUUGGUGCAUUGUCAUGGCCGGGACUGUAAGAGGAGCGAUUGACGGGCGCUUGUUCUACGCGCCCUGCCUAGCGAAUCUGCCCAAGAAGGAAGAGGACAUUACGAAACGAAACGAGACCGAACAAGAACCAGGCCAUACGGAGGCUUCGUGA